UGUAGCCUAUGCCCUUACUGUUUAAAAAGUAAAGUGAAUGUGUUUGUGUCUGGGUGAAACAUGACUAACCACUGAAAGUAUUUCAGUGUACACUUCCCCAUAGCAGAAUGACGCGAUUGGCUUCACCCAGAGAGUUUGAGCUUCUGUGAACUAUCGACUCGGAUCAAAGAAGGCUUUGUUUGAUUUUAUUAUUUUUAUGGAUGUUAUGAUGUCCUGUCGUAAGUACAUCGCGCCUCUGGUGUUCUGUGCCCAGGUGGCCAGCUCGUUUUUUGACACUGCUCUCCAAAUGGUGGUUAAAGAACGAUGCGCAAACCCCGACAGAGACACCGAGCAGAAAGCCAUCACCAACUUCAACAUGACCUUCAACAUGGUGUUCAAAUUCAUGCCAAUUGUUCCAGCGAUCAUUCUGGCAAAGGUUGGAGACAGAGGUUACAGGAAAGUGCCAAUAGUGGUUCCUCUGGUUGGAUAUUUCCUGUCCAGAGGUCUGCUCUUGUUGGAUAUCGUGCUGGAAUGGCCUCUCCAGGUGCUGUACGCGGUGCCGGUGAUCCAUGGACUGUGCGGCGGGUUCGCGUCUUACUGGGCGGGUGUGAUGGCGCUGGUGUCGGUGUCCUCCGGUGAGGAAGAGCGGUCCGUGCGCAUCAUCAGAACCGAGCUGGUGUACGGAAUCGCCGGUUUCAUUGGUAGUUUGGCUUCUGGUCACUUAUUUAACCUCUAUACCGUAGAUAUCAAGCAAGGAGCAAUUUUAUCUAGUUUUAGCGUGCUACUGUAUUUCCUCUGCCUGCUCUAUGCCGCAUUUUUCCUGCAAGUCGAUUUCCAGAGUUUGGAGAGAGACAGGAGACACGAAAAAGUUGUUAUCAUAAAAAACCAAGAAUCCCGUGAUAAAAUAAACAUCGCUUUGCUCUUCGUUAGUGGGAUUCUGUAUGAUAUAGCAGUGGCUGGAGGAAUGGAGAUGCUGGCAGCUUAUGUGCUCAAAGACCCCCUCAACUGGGGCGCAACCGAGGUGGGUUAUGGAAACGCGGCGGGAUCGCUUCUCUUCAUCACCAGUUUUAUAGCUGUGAAGAUGUUCACAAGAUGUUCUGUUAGAGAUGAGAGCAUGGUUAUGAUCGGCAUGGUGUCUUUCGCAGCUGGGAUUUAUUUCAUGGCUUUUGUGACCACAACUCCGAUGUACUUUUUGGCUCGUUCUAUCACUCUGUUUGCUCUGAUUCCAAUGCCCACCAUUCGCUCACUGCUGUCCAAACAGGUCAAGGGAACCUCAUAUGGCAUUACCUUUGUCAUGCUCCAGUUGUCCUUCAAACUUGCAAGCUUGGUCACCACGCCCAUCUACACAGUGAUCUAUCAGAAAACACUUGACACAUUCCCAGGCUUUGUCUUCAUACUGUCCAGCAUCUUCACCGUUCUUUCUAUGAUACCCAUUAGCAUUGUAGGAUGCCGCUCUGCAAGACAUGAUGGAUAUGAGACAAUUCAAGGGAACUGACAGCAUCAGCCACACCAAAGGAGACACAAAGUGUCACAAAUGGACAAGUUAUUGAAAUAUGUUUGCAUGAUAAAUGAUUUGAAGGUUUACACUGGAGUUACAUACAGUAGAAGAAAUUCUAUCCUUCAGUUGACUAGAAGUCAAUUAUAAUGUUAUUAGAUAAUAUUAUCUACUGGAAUAGAUAAUGUUCAAGAUGCACUGUGGUUAUACUUUGCAUUAUUGGUAAUGCAGUCUGUGUAGCGUCAUAUUUGCCAAGGUUUUUACACAUCUUUAUACAAAUUGCUGACAAUUUUUAGUUUUUAGAAAUUUUGAUAGCAACUUACAAAAAUUUCCAUUUGUUAGCAUUAAUUGACUACAAUACUAAAUAUGAACUCAAAAUAUAUAAUACUUUGAAAGUAUAAUAAUCUUAAUGUUAAUUUCAACAUUCACUAGUACAUUAUUAAAAUCAAAAGUUGUAUCUGUUAAUAUUAUUUAAUGGACCUGAACUGACAAUGAUCAGUUUUAUUUUUAUUAACCAGCAUAUACAAAAACUUUAAUAUAUGCAUUGUUCAUUUUAGUUAAUGAAUUAACUAAUGUUAACUAAUGGAAUCUUCUCGUAAAGUGUUAGCAAUAUUUCUGUAUGCACUGUCUAUUUGAAAUGGAUGACAUCUUUUAUCAAAUUUUUAUUGUACAGAUUUUGCAAUAAAUCAAGUUAUUUGUA